AUGGUGACUCGGUCGGUAGAAGCUGAGGGGGUGCUGGCUCGUCUCCCUCCAUUGGUCAUGGGAGGAGCCGGCUUCAGCUAUCAAUUGAAUUCGAACCCAGAGUCUUUACCUGCCGUGGAGAUCAUAAAAAGAGGCUUCGAUCUAGGCCUGAGAGCUAUCGACACCUCGCCAUACUAUGAGCCCUCGGAGCAGAUAAUGGGCGCUGCCCUAUGUCAUCCUGACAUCACCAGCAAAUAUCAAAGAACCGACUACAUCUUGAUUACCAAGGCUGGCAGAAUAACAGUGGAUAAAUUUGACUACUCUCCGACCUGGAUCAAUCAAUCAAUAGCUCGUUCAUUACAUCGUUUCAAAACGGACUAUCUGGACGUGGUCUUUUGUCAUGAUGUCGAAUUCGUCACCUUCCAGGAAGCUAUCGAAGCAGUUGGAGCAUUAUUUGAACUGUCAGAUCGCGGAGUGAUCAGAUGCGUCGGUAUAUCGGGCUACAACAUCGACUUCAUCAUUGAGGUGGCCCAGAAAGUCCAGAUCAAGUACGGUCGGCCGCUUGAUGUGGUUCAGAUCUGGGCACAAUUAACAUUGCAAAACACGAAACUCGAGCAGAAAGGCCUGAGCGCUUUACAAAAGGCGGGUGUUGGAGCCGUCUUUAGCUCAAGCCCCCUGGGCGUUGGACUGUUAAGGAACGGGGGAGUCCCUCUGGGAGCACUUGGAAACUGGCAUCCUGCGCCUCCUGAGCUAAGAAUGGCGGCACAAAGAGCAGCUGAGUUCGUAGAGACUCAGGGUGAUGUGUUAUCGUCAGUGGCCCUGCGCUUUGCAAUCGCUAAAGCUCUGCAAAACUCUCAUCCGGGGUUCACAGUUUCAACUAUCUUCGGAGUGAGUUCGAUAUCGGAGGUGGAGCAGAACGUGGCCACUGCCCGACAAGUGCUCAAAAGCAAGAAUGCAGAUGUCGAUGACCCAGCCUCAAAGCGUUCUGCCUUUGAUCAAUCUCACACUCUAGACGACGAGGCUAUCAAACGAGAUGAUAGACUGUAUGAGGGAGUGAAGAGGAUAUUGGGAUCCUGGCUAGAUUUUGACCUUUCCACACCCCAUGCCACCACAGACUCGUCGGAAGAAAGAGGCCAAGCUUCCAAUGGGGAACUUUCCGGGCCUUCACAUUCCAUCACUAGCCGUCUAUAG